CGCACAGGCCACAGACGGUCUACGCUCAACAGACCAGGCUUGCUGAGAAGGAUUGUUAGUUUAUGUUGAGCUUAAGGAAGGGUAGUCUGUAUUAAUCUUUCAGAGAGUAAGAACACACUCGCAGUAAAUUUAAAUUCAACCAGGAUGUCUGGAGUUGCCUCCAAGCUAUCACGUCUACCAAGAUCAAGAUCCUCUGGCUCCAGUUUUCUAAAAAUUGAGCUCCAGUAUGGAUCCUUGAGGCGGCUCCAUGGGAGUAUUCUGAACCCUAGAGCUCCCAAAAUUAGACAUCUUAACUCAUCACAUUCGCUUCUCAUUGAACUAGACAAACAUAUCGCUAAAGUACAGGAGUUAGAAUACAAGGUUUACGAGAUGGAAGCACAACUACAGAUGCGCGAAGCGUUAAAAUCUCAAGAAAAACUCAUGAAACCCCUUCCUCCACUAGAAGACACAAGGCUAAAGAAGUGUUUGGUAUCAGAAGAGGAGAGAAACGCGUUUCAGAACAGAUUAAUUGAAGCAAAGAAGAAAGCAGAACUUCUCUCUUUAAAGAGGAACCAACAGGAAACCAAUAUUCUUAGAAGCUGGCACUCUAAAAAGCUUAAGAAUGUAUUGGAUGAAAUGAACAAAACAGAUUCUAUGGAGAAUUCAUUGAAGCUGCUUGCCGCCCCAACACAGAAUGACGAAGAGAACAACAUAUUCUCCUGUCUCAACGCCCUGGUUGAGAUUGUAAACCUUGAACCUGAACUAGAUCUAGACAACCCCGGAGACAGAAUUGAUCAGCUCAAGAACCUCUUCCUUGAGAAGGAAACCCUAAAGCAGCAGGUGGAGAACCUCAAGUACAAGAUUGGGAAGUCCUCGGAGACGAAAUCUGAGUGUGAGGUUUCACUGUUCAAUAUUGAAACCUCGAUAGCCACCCUACAGCUCGAGGUUCAAUCCUCGAGGUCUUAUCUGGGAACCUUGCUCAGACAGAAACAGAAUACAGCGCUCUGGAUCUAUGGUCCUAAUCCUAUAUUUUCAGGGAUUAAAGAUUUCGAGUUCGGUGCCUCGUUCGAGAACCAGUUCGUUGUAGAGUUGUUGAAGAAGAUGGAGAUAUCCCGUUUGCACGCCAGGAAUAACCUCGCAUACGCCCAAAACCUCGUCAACAAGUACAAGACUAGGCUUGCCAAGAUCUCAAAGGAGAUGAGCGUCGCCGAUGCCAAAAUCGACGCUCAGGUUGUGACGAUCAACAAGAGCGACGAGAACAUCGUCGACAAGCCGAAGAAUGUCGUGAAGAUCGAGACUCCGGCCCUACCCGCCCAACCAGAAUCUAUCGUAUGUCAGACCAAGUGAAGGAUUAAUGUCAAAUCUUGACAAUUAUAUUUUUAAAUUCGUAAUCCUUGCAAAAAUUAUUUGUGCAAAUCUCGAGUUGCUUUUUGCAAAUAUUUAUCCAGUUUUUUCUCUUAAGAAUCCAAGGAAGUGCGUCCUUCAAAUCAAAACUUGCAGAGCUUAAUAUUUUCCUUGUAGCGGAAUUUAAAAUUUUGUAUUAUACAAACUACAAAGUAUAUGAAUAAUCCAUGCAGUGCAGAUGCAAUUAUCCCAAAUCGAUGUAUUUUAACACAUUUUCUCGUGUUAAACUUAUGAAUGAAUGUGCUGUCAGUUUUUCUUCUAUAUCUUGGACAGCAAUACAAACGUCUUAUAUCCAAAAAUUCUCUUAUUACAACAUGGAUCCUGUACUCCUGUCUCCAAGAUAUAACGGAUAUAAACACGUUGGCUGUGACACCGCUGUAAAGUGUAAACCAGUGAUAUGUAAAUAUGAAAAUUGCGGAUUAAUGAGUUAAUUAAUCCCUCCACUAAAACUAAAUUUCAAUAUGUUUCAGA